AAAGAAAGCAUGGUGAAAUAGCUGCUUGUGUCUGUUGCAGCAGUAAUGAGUGAGCUUGAUUCCAUGGCUUAAAAUCUUCAACUUUUUUUCAAGUGAAAAACCACAAAAUCUUUCCCCAGAGGAAUCUCGACUCCAUCUCCUUUUCUGAUCUGCGUGGGCACGCACAAAAUCGCUUCUUUCCCCCUCCCUUUUUAUCUUCAUGAGGUCUGUCCUCCUCUUCCUUGCUUUAUUAUCUCUACUCGCCUUUUUCUCUAAGUUUGAAGCUCAAGCUGCACCUGCUGGGCCGUUGAUAAAGCAUUUGUCAUCCCUUGUGAAAUGGACUAGGUCCUCGUCCAAAGCUCCCCACCAAUCAGAUGGUGGCAAUGUGCUCCAGUUUGAGGAUGGCUAUCUUGUCGAGACUGUGGUCGAGGGGAACGAGCUCGGGGUUCUGCCCUACUCCAUCCGUGUCUCCCAGGAUGGCGAGCUCUUUGCCGUGGAUGCUAUUAAUAGCAACAUUGUCCGGAUCACGCCUCCACUAUCCCAAUAUAGCAGGGCAAGAUUGGUUGCAGGUUCGUUUCAGGGACGCACUGGUCAUGUGGAUGGAAAACCAAGCGAUGCUCGUUUCAGCCAUCCCAAGGGGGUUACCAUGGACGACAAAGGGAACGUUUACGUUGCAGAUACUUCAAAUCUCGCCAUUCGAAAGAUUGGAGAAGCAGGUGUGACGACUAUUGCUGGAGGAAAAUCAAAUGUUGCAGGAUACAGGGACGGGCCUAGUGAAGAUGCUAAAUUCUCAAAUGAUUUUGAUGUCGUCUAUGUGAGGCCUACCUGUUCGUUGUUAGUUGUUGACAGAGGAAAUGCAGCACUUCGCCAAAUCUCCUUGAGUAAAGAGGAUUGUGAUUAUGAAAACAGCUCUUUUUCGCCUGCAGAUCUUCUUAUGGUUGCCGGUGCUAUCCUCGUUGGGUACAUUUCAUGCCUUCUUCAACAAGGAUUAGGUUCCUCACUUUUCUCCAAGAUGAAAGAGUUUCCCCAACCCAAAUUCAACAAGCCACUAGGAAGCAAAGAGCUACCGACUCCUGUAGACGUCACUGCCAAGGAAGAACCCGAAGCUGGAUGGCCCUCGUUCGUGCAGCUCGUCUGGGACCUUGCAAAAGUCACGGUGGUAGCUCUGACCGGCAUUCUUGCUCAGUUCAUUCCCUCGAGUGUCUUAAACAACAUUCCAAGAAGAGGCCUUACUCCACUGAAAGACUCUCUCGUUAUGCCCGAAGACGAAGCUGAACCGGCCCUACCUCUCAAACAGAGGACCCCGGCUCCUCUUUCCGAAACCAGACAGGUUCCCAGCGAGAGACCAGCCGAGGCAAAACCUCCUAAACUUCGGUCGAGCAGCAUGAAGGAUCCAUCUCUAUCAACCAAGCACCGGUCUUCAAGAAGACAAGAAUACGCCGAGUUCUAUGGAUCGGGCGAGGCACCUCAGUACGCACAGGUGAGGUCCAAGAGCCAGAAGGAGAGUCGAAGCAAGCACCGCCACAGAGAGAAAGGCGGAGGAGACGCAGCUUUUGGAGCACCACCGGCGCCAGUGAUGGAGCCGAAGCCCGCGGAAGCCAAGCCCACCCGGUACGAGAACGCAAAGUACGAUCCUUACAACUUCAGGGCGAAAUACUCGGGUGAUUCGUAUCGUUUUGAUUGAAUCGGAAAAUGUCAUUCUAGAACAUGAUGUGAGAGCAAUGUGUUGUUAUUAAUGUUAAGUUGCUUUGGCAGGUAGAAAUCUUGUAACAAUCACAUGAUGCUGAUGCUUUUUCCUUAGUGUUAUCUAAUAUGUAUGUACAAGUUGAAUGCCAGAAAUCAUUUGGUGUCGUUGCCAGAAA